AUGGCCCGUCUGUUGCUUCUUCUCACUGCCCUGGGAGCCGCCUUUACCCAGGUCGACGCAGCUUGCCAGUACCAGUUCAAUGGCCCCAGUGGCACUUCCGAAACCCUCUGCCUUCCUGAAGGCAGCUCUCGCACCGUCAGUCUUGGAGGAGCCACAGUCAGCUACACGUUUGGCAGCUUUUGCGGGUCUGUCACUGUCAACAGCGGAACGGGCAUCAAUGUGAACAUUUUGGGAAGCUGCUGA